AUGCUCCCUUCAUUCUCCUCCCCCAUCUCCCUCCGCCCAUCCUCUCCCCACGUGCAGCUGGAGUAUCUCUCCUUUCUCGUUCUUGACGAGGCUGACCGCAUGGCCGACCCAGGAAGGUUCAAGGAGCUUUCGUCCAUCUUGGGGAUGCUUCCUCCCACUGCGGCUUCUCUUGCUGCUGCCAAGGCGAAGGAGGCUGCUUUGGCAGCUAGAGACGCUGCUCGGGCAGCCAAAAAGGCAGCUCGGGCAGCUAAAAUUGCUGAGGAGAGGGACGCGGCACGAGGAAAAAAAGGAAAGGGGAAAGCGGGGAUGGAAAAGGCUGAAAAGGAAGGGAAAGGAGAGGAAGAGGAGGAGGAGAAGGAGGAGAAAGAGGAGGAGAUUAACGCGGAGAGGGGAGGAGAAGAAGGAGAAGAAGGUAGGGAGGAUGGGGAGGAGGGAGAAGUGGGAGAAGAGGGAGAAGCAGGAGAAGAAGGAGGAGGAGAGGAAGUGUUUACUCUUCAGCCACCCACCCUCGCGAAAAAGAAGCGGCAAGUUCUGGUCUUCUCCGCAACCCUCGUUCUGCCCGAAGACACGCGCGGGCAGCUGCAAGGAAAAAAGCGAACGCCAGGAGGACCCGGGGCAGCAGAUAGACGAACCGGGAGGAAGAGAGAGAGGGAGGGAGCGCAGGGGGGAGAGGGAGGGGAGGAGGAUGAGGGGGAGAAGGAGAGGGAGAAGGGGUUGGAGAGGGAUAGGGUGGUGGCGGCACUUAUGGAGCUGACUGGCAUGCGGCCGUCCCCUGCCAUUGUGGAUCUCACCACUACUGAUGUGGUGGCCAGUGGCGUGCAGGAGGCUGCUCUAGAGUGUGACGACAGCAUGAGGGACGUGUUUCUCCUCUACCUGCUCCGCAUGCACGGCACCUUUGGUCGCACGCUUGUUUUCUGCUCCGCCAUCUCCUCCGUUCGCCGCCUCGCCUCCCUGCUGUCCCUCCUGCAAGUCCCCUCCUUCCCCCUGCACGCACAGCAGCAGCAGCGCCAGCGUCUCAAGGCGUUGGACCGCUUCAAGCAGCACCCCAGCGGCGUGCUUGUGGCAACAGACGUGGCAGCGAGAGGACUCGACGUUCCCGAGGUGCGUCUGGUGGUGCACUACCAGCUACCCCACACGGCGGAGGGGUACGUGCAUCGCUGCGGCCGCACGGCCCGAGGGGCUGCUUCAGAGGGAUGCUCCGUGGCUCUGGUGACGCCCAAGGACUCCAUCAAAUACUCGUCGCUGCUGAGGAAACUGAAUAAGUCCGGCGCUCUCCCCACGUUCCCGGUCGACCAUAACUACCUGCCCAACCUCAAGCAAUGCGUCAGCCUGGCUUUAAGUGUCGACACUCUGUCCCGCAAGCACUCCAAGGAGAAAGCGGAAACCUCCUGGAAGCAGCGCGCAUCCAAGGCGGUGCAGGUGAAUCUGGAGGAGAGGGGUGCUGACGUGGCAGGAGGGGAGGAGGAGGAUGAGGAUGAGGAGGGGGGAGGAGAGGAGGAGAGGGAGGAUGGGCGGCAGCAGAUGAAGCAGGAGACAAUAGAGCUGCAGAGGAUGAAAGAGGCUGCUCUGCCCACCAAUCUGUACUCACUCAUCCCACUCCGUGUGCCGCUCCCUUCCCUCCCUCCCACCGCACUGCACCUGCCAAUGUACCGUUCCCUUGUGAAUGACUGGCCAGGCUCUGAACUAGAGUGGGGAAGCAGUGGGGAGCAGGAACGGUGCAGGGAGGGGGAGAGCGAGGUGGGGGGCGAGGGGGAGAGCAAGGGGGUCGGCGCGGGGGAAGGGGAGGGUGGAGCGGUGGGGGGAGAGGAGGAGGGGGAAGGGGAGGGGCAUGGCAGCAGCAGAGGGGAGGUGGGGGAGGAGGGAGGGGGAGGGGUGGUGGGGGAAUGGGAGGGAGAGGAGGCAGGGGAAUGGGCAGGGGUGGGGGGAGAGGAGCACAGGCACCUGGCAGGGGGAGUGGUGGGAGAGGGGGGGGAUGGGGAGGGGGGAGGGGAACUGGGGGUGGGGGAGCAGUGGGGGGAGGAGGUGGGGCAGGGAGGAUGGCGGGAGUGGUGGGGUCGAAGCAAGCAGAUGCUGUCACUGCACUGA